AUGAGUUCCCAAAAUAGCCUUGCCAAUGCUUCCAUAAGCUCCAAUACCAUAGGCGCAAGCUCCACCUCGACCUCCGCGGUCCGAUCGCGCCCUCGUCGCUUGGUGUCUUCCUUGAUGGACGACGAAGAUGACAUCUCCAAUAAAAACAGUCUAUACCCCUACAAUGAUUCCCAACCAUUCACCUCGAGUCUGUCCACCACUCUUCUGACCGAGGGAACCGCUCGCUCUCGUGGCGCCACCCCCUCGCCGCUUUCAUCCCGUGGAACAUCGCCCUUGCCCAUGAGACAUCCCUCCAGAGUCACCGAAUCAGAAUAUCGCAGCCGCAAUGAACCUACAUCAUUAGGUUUGAACGGAUCAUCUAGACCGGCACGAGGGGGGUCGGACUUCUUGGACUCUCCAUGGUCUUCGCUCCAAAACCUUGCAUCAUCGGUUCUAGGGAGCAAUACUGGGCGGAAUGCAGCAGAUAAUACAGGAAAGACACAUACACGAAGGAAACCGUCGCGAUCGGAUGUAUAUACAAGGAGUCUUCCCCGGGUGAAUCUUUCAGCUUGGGGGCCGUCUGCGCCCGCUUCCCCAGAGAUUGGAAGUGGGACCAAGGAGGAGCGGCAGGCGCUGGUCCAGGCUAAGAAACGGGAAGCAUUACUGCUUGCGGACUCUGAUCUAAUAUCUGGCCGUAAUUUUCGACACAAAAAACGCGACUCUGGUGAUUAUUCUGAUCAGGUACUCGACCCAGAUCACGACGAGGACGCGUUGGCAUAUAUCCAUCAUGUUCAAGCCUCGGAUAGCAUCACUGGAGUGACGAUCAAAUACGGUUGUCAAGCCGCUAUCUUUCGGAAGGUGAAUGGGUUCUGGCCAAAUGACAACAUUCAGAGCAAGAAUACGGUUCUAUUGCCAGUUGACGCAUGCACCGUGAAAGGUCGGCCCGUUCGAGAAGAGGAGCGUGUGGAUCUUUUGAGUCCUGAUUCUGAAGAUGGAACUGGCAGCUGUAUUGCGCCUGCAGCUGAUUCUGCCACACAGCCUGCAACAGAACGAAAGACCACUGGCCAAUCGGAAUCAGAAACCAACAAGAUCUGGAGGCACGAGUCUUGGGUGAAGAUAGAGGGAUUCCCAGUGGCCAUUGAAAUCGGGCGUGUUCCACGAAGAGCACUUGGAUUCUUUCCACGAACACGCCGGAAAUCUGUGUCUUACACUGAUGCGGAGCCCCUCUCUGUGAUCUCAUCACAAGAACCCACGCGUGAUCCCUCUCCGUCUGAAUCAUCUCAUCUUAAUUCCCCCCAACAUACACUCCCACGCGCCCGCCCUGGUGGUGGUGGCUCGUCCAAGCCCGGUGGCCCCUACCCGGUUCGUCCCAAGCACCGUCGUCAACGCAGUAGUCUUCAUCUUUCUGGGACCGGCGUCGGUACUCUUGACCAAGCCUCAAAUGCACCUGGACCUGCCAUGGAUGGACUGAGCAAGUUCUUUUCGCAACACAUGCCCCAUCUGGCACCUCCCCCAGCUCCCUCGGACCCCCGAAGACCUUCUUUCGGCUCCGAGUCCGUCGCUUCAAACGCUUCAACGGGUCUGGAAAACAUAGGGGGAGCGCUGGAGGGAUGGGUUCGCAAGGUGGCAACGCGUGCCAGGCUCGGUUUCAAUGAAAUGCCAGGUUCCCCCAAUCUGUCAGCAUCUGGCCGAGGUCGGAGCCCGGGACUAUGGGGUAUGAAUGAUCUAAUCGAGUUGGAUGAUGCCUCGGAAGGCCGAAGGUCUCCUAGCGUCUUUGGAACCACGAGAAGAAGAGAACAAGGCACAUCCUCCUCCUCGUCAUCCUUCCACCCCUUAGCCUCUACCUCCGCAUCGAGCAGGCCUCGUGCAACGGGCUCCACAUCUUAUGGUGACAGAGCGAAGGAUGAGUGA